AUGUACUACUCAAGUGGCAAUUACGAAGCAUUCGCCAGACCGCUCAAACCAGCUGGAAUCGAUACCAAGCGCGCUUGGAUUGUAGGUUCCGGCUUGGCGGGCCUUUCUACCGCGGCUUUUCUAGUGCGAGAUGCCCAAAUGCCAGGUCAAAACAUUACCAUUCUGGAGGCUGCGCAUCUUCCUGGCGGGGCAUUGGACGGACUUGAGGUCCCUGAGAAGGGGUUCGUUAUUCGCGGUGGACGCGAGAUGGAGGCUCAUUUCGAGUGCCUAUGGGAUCUUUUCCGCUCUGUUCCCUCCCUGGAAGAAGACGGUGCAAGUGUUCUGGACGAAUUCUACUGGUUGAACAAGCGCGAUCCAAACAUUUCACUGCAAAGAGCUACUGAACAACAGGGUCGCGACGCUGGCACGGGCACUCUUUUUACACUCAGUGACAAAUCUCAGAAAGAAAUGGUCAGGUUGUUUCUCAUGACCAGGCAAGACGUCGAGAACAAACGAAUCGACGAGGUCUUUGGGCCUGAAUUUUUCCAGAGCAAUUUCUGGCUCUACUGGCAGACAAUGUUUGCCUUUCAGACGUGGCAUUCGGCGCUGGAAAUGAAGCUGUACCUUCACAGAUUUGUGAACCACAUCCAAGGCUUGCCCGACUUUUCGACUCUCAAGUUUACCAAGUUCAACCAAUAUGAGUCUCUCGUAUUGCCUCUCAGGGGCUGGCUGGAAUCGCACGGAGUCAAUUUUCAGUAUGAAACUGAAGUAAUCGACGUUGACUUCGCAAACACUUCAGACGGAAAAAGAGCGACGAAAAUCUACUGGACCCAGAGCGGAAGCGACGGUGGCAAGGACCUCGGCUUGAACGACCUCUUGUUCAUGACGAUUGGCUCACUGACUGAGAAUUCGGACCUUGGAGAUGGCCAAACUCCUGCUGUCAUACGAGACGGACCGGCACCUGCUUGGGAUCUUUGGCGGCGAAUUGCUGCCAAAGAUGCCGAGUUUGGACGGCCAGAGGUUUUCUGCGGUGACAUCUCCCAGACGAAGUGGCAGUCUGCGACAGUCACGACUCUUGAUUCACGCAUCCCCGAAUAUAUACAGAAGAUAUGCAAACGAGAUCCGUUCAGCGGAAAAGUGGUUACGGGAGGCAUAGUUACUGCACGCGACUCGAGCUGGAUUCUGAGCUGGACCGUGAAUCGUCAGCCGCACUUCAAGAACCAACCCAAGGACCAGAUUGUCGUUUGGCUGUACGGACUUCUCGUGGAGCAGCCCGGUGACUUUGUCAAGAAGCCCAUGCAAGAUUGCACCGGCGAGGAAAUUACCCAAGAGUGGUUAUACCACUUGGGUGUUCCUCCGCUCGAGAUUCCUGCGCUCGCCGUUUCGGCUGCCAAGUGCGUGCCGGUCAUGAUGCCUUAUGUCACGUCCUUUUUCAUGCCACGCCAAAAAGGUGAUCGUCCAGACGUCGUGCCUGCGGGUUCGCAGAACUUUGCCUUUAUCGGACAGUUUGCCGAGACUACGAGGGAUACCAUUUUCACGACGGAAUAUUCUGUGCGCACCGGCAUGGAGGCAGUAUACCAGCUGGCACAGGUUGAUCGAGGUGUCCCAGAGGUCUUUGCGUCGACCUAUGAUGUUAGACAUCUACUCAAUGCCGCGUGUGCUCUACGGGAUGGAAAGGAGUUGGCUACGUGGGUGCCUAACAGAAUCCGGAAACUUUUGAUCGAGAAGCUGGAGGGUUCUCAGAUUGGACGGCUAUUACAUGAGUAUCAGCUAAUCUGA